UGCAUCAAAUGCUGCUAAUUUUAAGUAGGCCACCUAGAUGCACCCCGCGAAACAACACCCUUCCACUUGCAGGGAAAAAAAAAAAUUCCACCUUUCGGAAUCACGUUCCACCUGGAAGGCAUCAGCCUGGGGCUGGGGAACGUCAGAUCUCUGUUAUUUGCUCCUCUAAACCGAGGGCCGUCACCCCGCUCCACACCUCCAGAGGCCUACCCAGCACUUCCGGCACGUUAAUGGGCGAGCGCACCGACUCCAUCCUUUGCGAUCCCAGGGCUGUGCGUGGGGAGACUCUCCUCUUUCGCGGCCCCUUCCCUCGUUCCGCCACGACUCCCGGGGACGCACACCGCGCGGGCCGGGUAUCUGAUCCGAGCGCCAAGCCCCGCCACACUUUUGUUCUCUGCCCUGCAAGGAGUGCCGCAGUGCCACAGUUCAUAACUUGCAAACUGUAAAGCCUGUCUCACCCAGAUAUGAUUGCUCGGGCUGUAGCAUCACAAAUAUAGGAUAAUGUAUUUGUGGCCUUGGACAUGAAGUAAUCAGACUCUGUUGCUGUUAAUGUAGGACCAGGGACUGGUGAGGGAAGCAUGGACCUAAUGAACGGGCAGGCAAGCAGUGUUAAUAUCGCAGCCGCUGUCUCCGAGAAAAGUAGCAGCUCUGAGUCGUUAAGUGAGAAGGGUUCCGAACUGAAGAAAAGCUUUGAUGCUGUGGUAUUCGACGUUCUUAAGGUUACGCCAGAAGAAUACGCGGGUCAGAUCACGUUAAUGGAUGUUCCAGUGUUUAAAGCUAUUCAGCCAGAUGAGCUUUCAAGCUGUGGCUGGAAUAAAAAAGAAAAGUACAGUUCUGCACCAAAUGCAGUUGCUUUCACAAGAAGAUUUAAUCAUGUAAGCUUUUGGGUUGUUCGAGAGAUUCUCCAUGCUCAGACGUUGAAGAUAAGAGCAGAAGUUUUGAGCCACUAUAUUAAAACUGCUAAGAAACUAUAUGAACUUAAUAAUCUUCAUGCACUUAUGGCUGUGGUUUCCGGCUUACAGAGUGCACCAAUUUUCCGGUUGACCAAGACGUGGGCGUUAUUAAGUCGAAAAGACAAAACUACUUUUGAAAAAUUAGAAUAUGUAAUGAGUAAAGAAGAUAACUACAAAAGACUCAGAGACUAUAUAAGUAGCUUAAAGAUGACACCUUGCAUUCCCUAUUUAGGUAUCUAUUUGUCAGACCUGACUUACAUUGACUCGGCAUACCCAUCCACGGGCAGCAUUCUAGAAAAUGAGCAAAGAUCAAAUUUGAUGAAUAACAUUCUUCGAAUAAUUUCUGAUUUACAGCAGUCCUGUGAAUAUGAUAUUCCCAUGUUGCCUCAUGUCCAAAAAUACCUGAACUCCGUUCAGUAUAUAGAAGAACUACAAAAGUUUGUGGAAGACGAUAAUUACAAACUCUCAUUAAAAAUAGAACCGGGGGCAAGUACACCACGCUCAGCUGCUUCCAGGGAAGACCUGGCAGGACCUGACGUGGGAGCCUCACCACAGAGCGGAAGGAAGAGCAGUGGGGCCGAGGGAGCCUUGCUGCCACAGACGCCCCCUUCUCCUCGGAACCUCAUUCCACAUGGACACAGGAAGUGCCAUAGCUUGGGUUACAAUUUUAUUCAUAAGAUGAACACAGCAGAAUUUAAGAGUGCGACCUUCCCAAACGCAGGGCCACGGCACCUGCUGGACGACAGUGUCAUGGAGCCCCACGCGCCAUCCCGAGGCCAAGCUGAGAGCUCUACGCUUUCCAGCGGGAUAUCCAUAGGGAGUAGUGAUGGUUCUGAACUAAGUGAAGAGACCUCGUGGCCAGCUUUUGAAAGGAACAGAUUAUACCAUUCUCUCGGCCCGGUGACAAGAGUGCCCCGAAAUGGCUAUCGAAGCCACACGAAGGCCAGCAGCUCUGCGGAGUCAGAAGACUUAGCAGUGCACCUGUUCCCCGGGGCUGUUACUGUCCAAGGCGUCCUCAGAAGGAAAACCUUGCUGAAAGAAGGCAAAAAACCCACAGUAGCAUCUUGGACAAAGUAUUGGGCAGCCUUGUGCGGAACACAGCUUUUUUACUAUGCUGCCAAAUCUCUGAAGGCUACAGAAAGAAAGCAUUUCAAAUCAACAUCAAAUAAGAAUGUGUCUGUGGUGGGAUGGAUGGUAAUGAUGGCUGAUGAUCCGGAGCAUCCAGACCUCUUUCUGCUGACUGACUCCGAGAAAGGAAAUUCAUACAAGUUUCAAGCUGGCAGCAGGAUGAAUGCAAUGCUGUGGUUUAAGCAUUUGAGUGCGGCCUGCCAGAGUAACAAGCAACAGGUUCCUACAAACUUGAUGACUUUUGAGUAAAAGCCUGAGAAAGAAGAGGUAUACCAUUGUUCCCAUGUGGAGCAAGGACUUGCCGAGAGCCCCAGCUGCACCAUCCCGUGCCAGGAAGAGCCCCCAGGCUCCAGCCCAGCCUCCGGAGCUCAGAACCAAAAGCACUAAUUUCAGGGAAUAAAGUGAGAUAUUCCCAGAGAACAAAUUGGAGUUGCAAAACAAACUGCCAUGAACUAUGCUUCUUAUCUCCAAACUGACCUGUGGAAACCACUGCCUUAACAGAGUGAGAGGAAAACCAACACCAAAUAGUGCGUGUGAAUCUUCUGGCGGUGCUGUGCUUGGAAUAAAUUGUAGCUAAUUUGCAUUUCUUUUAACUUUGUACUAAUUUUGGAGGGGAAACCAUCUUUUUUAGAUACACUUUAAAAAGGAAAAACAUUUCUUAUGGAUUCCAUCAGGAGCUGUUUUAGGUGCGGGGAGAGCACCUGUGAGGAGCAGCCAACAGCCCCUACCUACAGGGUCUGCUCAGGCUCUGAGAGCAGCUCCUCAAGUUUCCCACUGCAAGAUGUGGAGUGAGGUGGUGGUGAUGAUGUAAGCUGUGGGUUGGCUUGGGAUGGGAUGCGUGUUAUUUGGAUGAGGGAUCUGUUUCAACACUACCAUGUGGAAUUCAGUGCUAGACAGAGAGCAUGAUCUGCAGGAGGCACGGAGGCCAAGUGUUCACGUGCCAGCAGGCUCCAGAAACAUGGUUGUUUCUAACUGGGGUUCACGUUUAACUUCCUAUGUGAAUUCACUGCUGGGCCACAAACCUGCCUAAGAGAACGGUAAUCCCAAGCUGCGGUUUCUGCAGCUUUUCUCAAAGCGUGUGGAUUCUCCGGCCACAGGGGUCACGGUCACGGGCAUACCCCGCCCUUUGCAAUGUGUAACAGCAUCGUGCCAGACUUAUUUUUUUUUUAAUUGAAUUUGUUUUUUGUUCAGUGUGAGGUUCAAAAGCAUACUUGUUUAAAAGAUUCUUCAUGUAUGUGUAUGUAUUUUAUUGUAAGAUGAAACAAUUUUAAGAAGAAUAAAGGCAAAGUUUGCAGUUCUGGAAGUUAAAAAUAUAAAACCUUCUCUUGUAUGACUUCCCAAAAUGUCCCAGAACAUUUUUUCAGAAAGUUGGUCGGUUCCCAACCUAAAAACCAUGCUUUGUUAGUAACUGACCCAGCAAUUUUGAGAGAGCACUAGGCAGUAACACAUUCAAUGCUUACAGUGAGUGUUGCACCUGGUAUAGCUUAGCCAAUUUUAGCCAAACACCAUUUCAGUAGACUGCUAUGGGUUAUGCCUCUUACUGGUAGGGCCAUGUGGGAAGGCCUUGACUGACAGGUACCUCCUAACAAAGUGCUUUUUCUUCACGUCUCGUGUGAAUUUCUCACAUUUGUAUCCUUAAAGAAUUGUAUCAGAAUGUAUUUUAUCAGAAGUUUUGAUCAUGUCCAUGGAGCUUAGUUAGAAAAUGCUGUCUGUACAAUAAUUAGCUAAAAAGGAAAUCAGUCUGAGAGAAAGCAAAAAGCCUUUUCUAAGUGUUUCUAAUUUAAAUAAUUGAAAUCUGUGUGUCAUGUGACAAAAAUACAUUAUUUGGGGUUUCAUUGCCAAGCAGGGGAAGGCAAGUGUUGCCUAUGCAGAAUGAUUUUUCAAAUAAUGGUCUAAGCUUACCCCAUGUUGGGUCUACGCAGACUUUACCGUGUAGCCAGCAGUAUUACAGUGUCGACCUUGCACAUCUUACUUUCGUUGGCCUCUUUUUUUUUUUUUUUUAAGCAAUUCUUUAGUUUAUUUUGCUCCUGAAAUAAUAUUUUAAAUAGUAUGCAUGCUGUUUUUGAGAUACUGUGAAUGAAAAUCCUGUGGCUAUUUUAUUACUACUUUGUCAUAAAUAAGCUACAUUGUAGGUGAAUCUAAUCUGUGGAGAUGGUCAGCUAGCUGAGGCUGGCCUCACAGUUUUGCCAAAGACAAAGCACUGAGAUGGAAGCCGUGUUUGCUACACCCACCUCUAGACACAGGUGUGUAGAGAAGAACCCUGUUCAGGUUCGGUUAGCCAGUCUGCGUUAGCAUCGUGGCCUCUGGCUGAAACUAAAACUAUUUUUCUACCUUUGAAUUUGCUCUGAAGAUCAGUCAUUGCUGUUCAGGAUAAUUUUGGAAACAGAGAGAUGAGUUAAAGUAGGUGAGUUUUUUAAUCUAUAAUUCACAAAAUGGUAUCAGAUAAUUGAAGCAAAAAAAACCACUGCCAAACUAUGUUAAAUAUUUGAGUCCUUUAUUGGGGAAUGAGUCCUAUUACACCUACCCUCAGUUAUAAAUUAGUGACUCACUGGCUCAUUUUCCAUGAACAUUAAAGCUCAUUUGUUUAUGUCAUAGCCAAGGAUAACUCUUUAGAAAUUCAGUUAAGAUUUAAAUUAAGCUGGUUUAUAAGCAGGCUGGACAGAGCAUUCUUGUCCUGGUGCGACAGUGAAUAGCACUGGCCAUAGCUCAUCUGACAACUUAUUUGAAUGUGAAGGUUUCUUUUCCAUAAGUUGGUUUUUAAAGUGUACCUAUGAAAAUGACUGCAUAGCGCUCCAAGCACUGUUUUAGGCUUCAUGUGCUCGCUUUUCAUAAUGUUCUCCAUAUACUACCUAACUGUAAGGAUCAAAAGAGAAUUGAUGAAAUACAUCUUUCUGUUUGGUUUGGUUCAGUGUGUAUUUGUGUAAACAAUUCAAAGAAGGAUCCAAUUUGGAAUUGUAUAUUUUUUUUCUCUCUUCUUACGCAUGUAUUUUGAUGGCAACCAUGUUUUCUGUGUAAACAGUUCUGUUGCUGUUGGGUCUUGAUGUCUGGUCAGUCAGGACGUUCAUAGCUGCAGAGUUUUGAUGAGUGGCCUCUUUCUUCCUCGAGACUUACACAGAAGCCCAACAAGCACAUUGUUAUUCAGGAGGAAUGGAGUCAUGCAUAGGGCCCUUGAUAGUUGAAAUGGGUCCCUCUGAGUGCAGCCUCAUCAAUCUCAGAACUAUUAGUGUUUAGCUGUCCAGAUGACUUCAGCAUACAGCCCUUUUUCCUGAGGUUAAAUUUGCAAAUUAUAUAUAUUUAAAACUGUGAGGCAUCAUAUUGAUUGGAAUCAGUACUAAUUGACUUAACUCAUUGGCGUGUUAAGAUAACACAUCCUCUGUUGGUUUCCUUCGUGGUUCAUGAGGCACAUUCCUUUCUAAGUGGGUUUUAAGCCAUCUUUGUACCUUCUGCAAAUAAGAGGUGCCAGUAUCGUACAGUGGAAGAUAGGCUAUCAUCAGAGGAAAUCCUCUACCCCCAGGCUUUUCAAAGAACUGGGUCCUUUUGAAAACAGCUGAACUUGAUUCACCGUGCUGGGAUAACAGCAGUCGGGACCGCUGCUGCCCGGAGGGCCGCAGAGCAAGUGGUGGGUGUGUCUGCCUGCAGCCUCCUUCUAGGGCCCGAGGCCAUUUUCUUCUAUAUUAUUUUUUUAGAAACAUAGUGCCAUCCUGGUUGUACAGCCGGGAGGGUAUUGCUUUUUUUAUUUUUAUUUUGCCUCUGAGACAUAAAAAUUGCUAUUAAGUAGUAUUGACAAAUUACAUGUGAACCUUUUCGAAAUGACUUAAGUACCUUUUAGGUUUCCUUCCCUAAAAAUAGCUUCUGUCUAAAAUCACUUUUCAAUUCGAGAAUUCUACUGAAGAGAUAUGUGGAAGUUGGCUCUUCAGCUCAGUGACAGCAAUUGCAUUUUACCUAUGUCCAGUCAUAGUAUGGAGAAAAUUAGGUCUGUGCCUUAUCAACCUGAAGACCAGUUUUAGGGCAUUGAGGAUGGCUAAAAUCACCUGCCCUCUUAACCCUCUGGCGUGAGUGGUGUGCAGGCCCUCUCUCCCUGCUUAAUCGCACAGUCCUGAAGAAGACUGCGUAGACAUCUGGAUACUUGCAGUCCUCCAAUCUUAAUUUUUUUUUUUUCAAAUAACCCACCCUCCCUAUUGCUCUCUUGACCAAGUAGGUUAACAAUAGAUCCACAGUUUUGACGAGCCUCUUAAUGUUGGCUUUGAAGAACCACCAACUAGCUGAGGAUAUUUGUAUUUCGUGUUGUGUUGAGCUUGGGUUUGGCAAUAAGGCCGUUUGGGAAAAUCCUAAAGGGAUGAGAUGCACGUGGAAGGCCUCGCAGUUUACUCGGGUGGUGCUGUGGUGGCAGUCUCUUCGCUGGAAGUGAAGCUUAUUUUCUAUUUAAGCAGAGUGGACAAGCGCUCCCUCAUCCUACCGGUUAUUGCUUGCUUGAGAGCGUGCAAAAAAGGAGCAGCACUAAUAACAAAUCAAAUCAAUAAAUAAUAAAUAAAGGUUUCUCGGCCAAAGCUGGAAGUUUGUUUUAGGACAUUGGAAGGCCAGGAGACACUGUCGUCUGUCUGAGCAGGAAUGCUGUUUUCAGGGCCCUUAGAGAAGACAUGUAGGUGCACGUGGUCGUUGGACUCCAGGAAAGAGUUAGCUGUUUCUUGACAGUUAUUAGCAUAAUCUAAAAUCUGAUUUCAGCCAACUGGUCUGCAAAAUAGAGUUAAAGGAAUCCAGGGAGUGCUUGGAAAUAGGAAGGAAGAAAAUGCCAAACAUUAGCAGAAUAUUUCAAACUUAAAUGCCAGGUAACAAAUGUCAUGUCCUUGAAGAUGUCACCCUUAAUACAAUGUUUCCAAGAAGCACUGGUUUAAUGGGUGUGACAAAGAUAGCUGAUAGAAUCGCCAUCAAGUGUUUCUACCCCUUGGUUGUUGAUGUUCACUCUUUGACAGCCCAUUGAAGAAACGUGGAAGAAGGAUUCAAACAUCUAUUAGGGUAAUGACCCAAAGCUAGUAAUACAAAACCCAAAACAAAACACAAAACCACACAAGCCGUUUUCAUUUAUUGUCCCAGUUAACUUAAGGUACUUAAUGAUGAAGCAUUUACUUGCACUAUGACCUCCUUGAGUGAUGUGCGACUUGGUUCCCUCUCUGGUUUUGUUUCUUUUUAAUAUGCAGAAGUGAGUAUGUGAUCUUCGGUGUGUUUGCAUAAGCUAACGUAAAAUGAAUUUACGAACAGUUUUCUGAAAUUUCUAUUGAAAUAAAUGGCUUAAAAUUA